AUGAAUCACAAUGGCCAAGAUACAGAACAACCUGAAUGUCCACCGAUAGAUAAAUGGAAUGGUGAUAGCCAGGAGAUGGGGAGGGGAAAAUGGGGCAGUGCUUCCUCUGGUGACAGAAAGCAGAACCAUUCAAAACUUCCUGCAGAUGUUAAUACUUCCCUAACUGUAUUGGAGGAUACAAAGGCUGUGCUCUUUUGCCCUCCUGUCCUGUUGACAAAAGCGGUUGUAACAACAUGGGAAAUAAUCCUCAGAGACAAGCCUCCCUGCAUCAAAGCCCACAGGAGAGAUAAAAAUGAGACCACAGAGGCAAACUGUACUGACGAGAGAAUAACCUGGACCUACAGACCUGACCAGAGUGUUACCCUUCAGAUUGAUCCAGUGGUCAUCGCUCAUGAGGGGUUUUACAUGUGUCAAGUGGUAACACCUGAUGGGAAUUUCCAUCGUGGAUAUUACCUCCGAGUGUUAGUGGCUCCUGAGGUGACCAUAUUUCAAAGCCAGAAUAGAACUGCAGUGUGCAAGGCAGUUGCAGGGAAGCCAGCUGCUCAUAUCUUCUGGACCCCAGAGGGAGAUUGUGUCCCUGAGCAUAAAUAUUGGGAAAAUGGCACAGUGACUGUCCAGAGUACAUGCUUCUGGGCAGAGAGCAAUGUGUCUACUGUGACCUGCUUUGUUUCCCACGAGGCUUACAACUGGAGUAGGUCCAUAGAACUGAAUCAAGGUGCUGGAACCUUGAGAUUUCCAGAGUCAUGGUUACUGACCAUAUUCUAUGUGAAAUUCUCUCUUUUCUUGGUUAUCCUGGUCAUUGUGGGAUUCAUGUGCCUCCAGAGGAUAAAUCAUUACAGGUAG